AUGGAGGCUAUUUCUUAUGUUAUUUUGACCCUGGCAUUGGUAGCUACUCUAGCCCUUGUCUCAAAAAUUUUCUUCUCCCAAUCCCAGAAGCUAAAAUUUCCACCUGGCCCCAAACCAUGGCCUGUAAUUGGCAACCUCAACCUCAUUGGUCCUCUGCCUCAUCAAUCCCUUCAUAAAUUGUCCCAAAUUUAUGGACCAAUAAUGCAGCUCAAGUUUGGCCCCUAUCCAGUUGUGAUUGCCUCAUCUGCAGAAAUGGCAAAACAAUUUUUGAGGACACAUGAUCACAUCUUUGCCUCUAGACCCCAAACUGCAGCUGGUAAGUACACAACUUAUAACUACAGCAAUCUCACUUGGGCACCUCAUGGUCCAUAUUGGCCCCAAGGCCGCAAAAUUUACCUCUCCCAUCUGUUUAGCUCAAAGAUACUAGAGACUGUCGAAUACAUUCGUGUUGAGGAAAAUCGUGCCUUUCUCUCGGGGCUCUGUGCCUUGUCAGGCAAGCCAACCCUGCUCAAAGAGCAUCUGUCACGCCUAACUCUUACCAUUAUAAGUAGAAUUGUGUUGGGUAAGAAGUAUUUUAGCACGUCUGAAUCUGAGAGUUCGAUAGUGACACUAGAAGAAUUUCAAAAGAUGUUAGAUGAGCUGUUCUUGCUUAAUGGGGUUUUGAACAUAGGGGAUUGGAUCCCAUGGGUUCAGUUUUUUGACUUGCAAUGGUUUGUUAAACGAAUGAAGGCCUUAAAGAAAAAAUUCGACCGGUUUCACGAUCAUGUGUUUGAUGAACACAGGGCAAAGAAGGAAGGAGUUAAAGAUUUUGUGCCAAAGGACAUGGUGGACUUACUGUUGCAGCUGGCUGAAGAUCCUGAUAUUGAAGUUAAGCUCAAUUAUGACAGUGUCAAGGGAUUCACUCAGGAUUUAAUAGCAGGAGGAACUGAUACCUCUGCAACCACUGUGGAGUGGGCAAUGUCUGAGCUCAUGAAACAACCACACCUCAUCGAAAAGGCAACCGAAGAGCUCGACAGAGUGAUUGGGAGAGGGAGAUGGGUAGAAGAGAAAGACAUCCCACAACUUCCUUACAUAGAUGCAAUUAUGAAAGAGACAAUGAGGAAGCACCCAGUUGCUGUAAUGCUAGCUCCACAUCUAGCUCUUGAAGAUUGCAAUGUGGGAGGUUAUGAUAUUUGCAAAGGAACUAGAGUGUUCAUAAACACAUGGAGCAUGGGGAGAGAUCCUUCACAAUGGGAUGCACCAGAUGAGUUCUGUGACAAUUGUAGAGCCAAUAUUAAUAUAUAUUUGAGUCUGUGUCUUUUAAGGGAUCCUCACUCCAAGAAGCUGAUUGGGACAGGCCGUAGAGAGGGAGGAUUAUAUGUGUUGGAGAAGCUCCAGAUUCCUGCCUUGGUGGCUUCGUCUAUUGAUUUGUCGUCUUUUUGUCUGAGUCCUAAGUCGUCUAAUUUUUAUCUUUGGCAUUCUCGUCUUGGUCAUGUCUCUGGUUCUCGUUUGAAAUAUUUAGUUUCUACAGGAGCUUUAGGCAAUUUCAAUUGUCAUGACAUUUCAGAUUGUAGUGGGUGUAAACUUGCCAAAUUUUCUGCAUUACCUUUUACUAGAAGUUCCUCUAUUUCUUUAGCACCUUUUGAUUUAAUUCACUCUGAUGUAUGGGGCCCAGCUCCUAUUUCUAGUAAAGGGGGCGCUAGAUAUUAUGUUUCAUUUAUUGAUGACUACUCUCGUUAUUGUUGGAUUUAUCUUAUGAAACGCCGCUCUGAUUUCUUUACUAUCUUUCAAAAUUUUCGCGCCCUUGUUCAUACACAAUUUUCUACUGUCAUUAAAUGUUUUCGGUGUGACUUGGGUGGUGAAUAUACCUCUCAUGCUUUCACUGACUUACUUGCUUCAGAUGGUACCAUACACCAAUUCUCUUGCACUGCCACUCCUGAACAAAACGGUGUUGCCGAAAGGAAACAUCGACAUAUUGUUGAAACUGCCAGGUCUAUGUUGCUUUCUGCUGAUGUCCCAAAAGUUUUUUGGGGCGAAGCAGUUCUGACUGCCAAUCAUGUGAUUAAUCGUAUUCCCACAUCUCUCACCUCUGGUAUAUCUCCGUUUGAAAGAUUGUAUGGUAAUAGUCCUGAUUAUUUCUCAUUGAAAGUGUUUGGUUGUACUUGUUUUGUUCUUCGUCCUCCUGUUGAACAUACAAAAUUAUCUGCUCGCUCUGCUAUGUGUGUUUUUCUUGGUUAUGGCGAAGGACAAAAAGGUUAUCGUUGUUAUGAUCCUAGUGCACAAAAAUUGUAUGUUUCUCGUCAUGUGGUUUUUCUUGAGCAUAUUCCUUUUUUCUCCAUUCCUACUAGUUCUCCUACUUUAUCGACUUCUGAGCUCAUGUAUAUCGAUCCUUUUUCACCUAGUAAUGAUGAUUUCUCUUAUUCUGACAAUGUUAAUAUUUCUUCUGUUUCUAGUUCCCCUUCUAAUCCUUGUGUUACUUCUCCUCCUAUUACUCAAGUGUAUUCUCGCAGGAAACAUGUCAUCAGUUCUGACACUAAUAAUCCUUCUUCUCCUUUGGUGCCUGCUUCAACUUCUGUGGAUGUGGAUCCAAUAGCACCUCGUUAUCCUUCGCGCACUCAUAAGCCCCCUCAUCGGUUUGGUUAUUCUUCUACUGAUUUUAGUUAUUCUUGUUAUUCUCAUGAUUUCUCUUCUUUCUUAUCUUCUAUACAUACUCUCUCUGAACCCACCUCCUACAAGGAGGCUAUAUGUAAUCCUCUUUGGCAACAGGCUAUGAAUGAAGAACUUUCUGCUCUGCAUAAAACUGGCACAUGGGAUUUGGUUCCUCUUCCUCCCGGUAAACAUGCAGUUGGAUGUCGAUGGGUUUAUAAAAUUAAGACUAAGUCUGAUGGUUCUCUUGAGAGAUAUAAGGCUCGUUUGGUUGCUAAGGGAUUUACACAGGAAUAUGGCCUUGAUUAUGAAGAGACCUUUGCUCCAGUGGCCAAGAUGACUUCUGUUCGUACUUUACUUGCUGUUGCCUCAGUUCAUCAAUGGAGUUUAUCACAGAUGGAUGUUAAAAAUGCUUUUUUGAAUGGGGAUCUUUUCGAAGAGGUGUAUAUGGUUCCCCCUCCAGGUGUUCUUCAUAAUCCCGGGGAGGUGUGUCGUUUACGGAAAGCUUUGUAUGGUCUUAAACAAGCUCCUCGUGCUUGGUUUGAGAAAUUCUCUGCUGUUAUUGGUUCUCUUGGUUUUCAAUCAAGUGCUCAUGAUCCUGCCUUGUUUGUUCGUUCUACCUCUGUUGGUCGUAUCCUUCUCCUCCUUUAUGUUGAUGACAUGAUUCUUACGGGUGAUGAUUUGGAUGGUAUCACCCAAUUAAAAUUGGCUUUACAUGAUCGAUUUGAGAUGAAGGAUUUAGGUCCCUUACGUUAUUUCCUUGGCAUUGAAGUUGCAUCUUCCCCUAAAGGUUAUCUCCUUUCUCAGUCUAAGUAUGCCGCUGACGUUCUUCAAAAAGCUCGUAUUACAGAUACUAGAGUGGCUGAUACGCCUCUUGAGCUCAAUGUGCGUUAUUCUCCAUCUGAUGGUACCCCUUUGGAUGAUCCUACUCUUUAUCGCACUAUUGUUGGGAGCUUGGUUUAUCUCACUAUUACUCGCCCUGAUAUUGCCUAUGCUGUUCAUAUUGUUAGUCAGUUUGUCUCUUCUCCCACUACUCUUCACUGGGCUGCUGUGAUUCGUAUUUUACGCUAUCUUCGAGGGACAUUGUUUCAAAGCUUAUUGCUUCCUUCCACCUCCACUUUGGAGCUUCGAGCCUUUUCUGAUGCUAGUUGGGCUAGCGAUCCUUUUGAUCGGAAAUCUACUACUGGUUAUUGCAUUUUUCUUGGUGAUUCUCUUAUCUCCUGGAAGAGUAAGAAACAAUCAGUUGUUUCUCGUUCUUCUGCUGAGGCUGAGUAUCGUGCUAUGGCCUCUACUGCUGCUGAAAUUGUUUGGCUUCGGUGGUUGCUUCAAGAUAUGGGUGUUUCUCUCUCUAUGCCUACUCUUAUGUAUUGUGAUAAUAAAAGUGCCAUUCAAAUUGCUCACAACUCUGUCUUUCAUGAGCGCACAAAGCACAUCGAGUUGGAUUGUCACUGUGUUCGCCAUCAUUUCCAGCAAGGCACUAUCUCUCUUCCUUUUGUCUCCUCCACCAUGCAAUUGGCCGACUUCUUCACCAAGUCUCACACUUUUGCUCGCUUCCGCUUUCUUCUUAGCAAACUCUCGAUGCUUAAUACUUUCAACCCCGAUAGAUUCUUAGGGAAGUCAAUUGAUGUGAAGGGACAAAACUUUGAGCUCCUGCCAUUUGGCUCAGGAAGGAGGAUGUGCCCUGGUUAUAGCCUUGGACUGAAAAUGAUAAGGUCCAGUUUGGCUAACUUGUUACAUGGAUUUAAUUGGAAAUUACCUGGCAAUAUGAAACCAGAAGAUUUGAGCAUGGAGGAAGUUUUCGGAUUGGCCACACCUCGGAAGUUCCCACUUGUUGCAGUUGUGGAGCCCCGGCUCCCUGCCCAUCUUUAUUAA